AUGACCAACCAAGCAGCCAUCCUCACUCAAACCCACGGUCCCCUAAAAAUCAAAGACCUCCCCAUCCCACAAUGCCACCCAGCAGAAGUGCUAGUCAAAGUGAAGGCAGUGGCCACCAACGCCGCAGACUGGAAGAUAUACGAGGGACACUUCCCCCAAGAUCUCCCAAUACUCCUCGGCUGUGACAUUGUCGGAGAAAUCUCCGAAGUCGGCUCAAGCGUGACUGGCUUCAGCAUCGGCGACAGGGUAUAUGCAAUUGUUCAAACCACAAUUAAAUAUCCACUGACUAAGUCACAGGUAGCCGGCUACACCCAACAACAACUGACCGGAAUGCAAUCCAUGCUGAAAACAGGUCGAGUAGCGUCCGAUCUCCGCCACGGUGGGUACCAGAAGUACGUCCCCAUGCUCCCACGCAUGAUCUUUAAGGUUCCAGAGUGCAUCUCCGAUGAAAUCGCAGCGACGUUCGGGUGUUCUUUCUUUACUGCCACCGCUGCCGUCUUCAAAUCCCUCGGCUUUCCCUAUCCGAUUCUGGCCUCUGCUCCGCCGGGUGAAUUAGAAAAGGUCCUGGUUUGGGGCGGCGCAAGUGCCGUUGGCGCUUUUGCGAUCCAGCUUCUUAAGGCGUCGCACGCUGAAGUCACGGCUGUUUGUUCCGCGAAGAGCUUCGACUAUGUGAGAAGUCUAGGAGCAAGUCAUGUCAUUGAUUAUGGAGCUGGUGAUGUGGUUAAUCAAGUGAAAGAACAGGGUCUUGGGUUUAGGAUCGCGUUUGAUGCCAUUUCGUCAAAGGAGACGUGUAAUGCCUGUUUGGAUAUUGUGGGUGAGGGUGGGAAGGUGGCGAAUGUGCAGUUUCUAGAGGCGCUAAGACGGCCGAAUAUUGAUUUGGUGCAUACGAAUGUUGUUGAUAUUUUGGGGGAGUCGGAUGCGGAAUUCCUUUCCUCUUUGAUCGGGGCUUGGAUACCGAAGGUCUUGAGUGAAGGAACUCUGAAGGGGAUGCAGUUCAUGAAGUACUCUGGUGGCUUGGGUGAUAUUGAUCGUGCAAUCAGGGAUCACCGCGAUGGCAAGAUUGCUGGGAAGGGAGUUGUUAGUGGUAUCUAA